CAACCAGGCAGAGGCACCCCACCCCCACAAGUCCCUGUACAUAUUCGUUCAGUUUCAGCUCUUCCUGCUCCGCUCUUGGCCAUCACCUCUCCCGUCUCACCCCGCACGCACAAGCCAGAGCGCACACAAGCAGCAAGCGAAAGCCCGGCCAGGCGGGGAGGGCGAUGAAGCGCGUGGUGGGGAGCCCAGGGACAUGGAGCGGCAUGGCGCUGCGUGUCUCGCAGUGCGUCUUCGCCGCCGCGUCCGCCGCCGCCAUGUCCUCCGCCUUCGGCUCCCUCAACUACAGCGCCUACUUCUACCUGGAUACAGCGUUGGUCCUGCAGUUUCUGUGGAGCAUGGGCUUUGCUUGCCAGGACAUCUUUGCUUUGAGGAACAAAAAGGAUCUUCACGCUGAGCCGGAACUUGUACUGCUCCGUGUCAUCGGCGACUGGGUCCUCGCGAUUCUCAUGUUCUCGGGAUCCUGCGCCGCGGCCAGCGUGACCAUCUUCUUCAUCAAGGACGUGAAGUUCUGCGCCGAGUACCGGCGGCUGCCCUGCGGCCAGUUCGAGCUCUCGGUCGCCCUCGCGUUCAUCACGUGGUCAUUGCAAGCCGCGUCUUCUUUCUCCGGGCUCUGGCUUGUGGUCUCCUUCUUCUAGAAUCACCGUCACGUCCUCCCAAUUGUCACUCAGGAGGGUAAAUCAGUUCAGUUGCGAUGUGCUCUGGGCACACUUUGUUAUGUUUCAGUUAUAGCCACGCAUACUUCACCACCUGUUACAUAGAUUGCCUAUUUGAUAGCUCAUCUUUGUGUGCCGUUUCUUUGUGAAUUCUGGAGUGUUAAAACAUAUUCCCUUCUCUGUUAA